GUUACUCCAUUUCGAGUCAAAAAAGUAGGAUGUGAUUAGUGUGAAGAUAGUCCAAAACUUUAACCAUCAGAGGUACCAAACCCAGAGAUUAGAUUCUCCACUGAUUUUCUUGUUAACAAAUAUAUAUAUUCUUAUAUCUGUCAUUUUCCCCAACCUUGUUAUCUCUCUAACAAUUAAAGGUCAAACAUCAUCAUAUAGCUUGUUAGGCCACUCAAAAUUUCUUCAAAUUGAACGGCAUCAGAGAGAGAGAGAGAGAGAGAGAGAGAGAGAGAGAGAGAGAAAGAAAGAGAUGACUGAGUUGCAGAGGUCUGUAACAUCAUUUAGAAGACAAGGAUCUUCAGGGUUGGUGUGGGAUGACAAGUUCAUCACAGCCCUUGAGAACCAGAAUCAGAACCAACAAGGUCAAAGGGAGCUUCAGGAUGUCGAAUCAAGUGCCAGGUUGGAGCGGAGCAGAUCAGAUGGAGCACGCCCUUAUCGGACGGUCAACGUUGCACCGGCAUCCAUAGACCCACCUUCUCCCAAGCUAGCAACCUGUGGCUUUUGUUCUGUCUUUCGGAAACCAGGUCCUGCAAAAUCCACCAAAGCUAAAAGACGUAGGUGAUGAUGAUGUAUCACUCAUCACCAUCAUCUUCUUUCUUUUUUAUUUUCUCCAACUUGUAAAUCUGUGCUUCUUGUUCAUCUUUAUUGUUUCUCUGUUUCAAUUUCCUGGUUUGGAUUUGGGUUUGAUAGUUGUAAAUUCCUUUGACAUAUCAUAUGGAUGUGCAAUAAUAUUCUUAUGCCAGUUAUAUCUAUUCA